CCUGGAUUUAUUUGCGUUAUCUGGAAGAACCCGUAAUUCUGCCCGCCCCUGUUCCGUGUGUACCCAUCUCAUCCCACCUGUUGUACGUGUUGUGUGCAAGGCGUACUACUCGCAAGCUGACCAUGUCUCUGAACAAGCAAUUGAACAAUGAGUGGCGCAAGCUAAUGACGGCUGCCCCGUAUACGAGCGCCCCUGAGGCGGCGCGUAAGCUUCUGGUGAUUGCAGCAUCCGGAAGUGCCGAUGAACGUAAUCAGUUCUACGAAAAUGCGCGUGCAGUUUUGGAUAGCACCCGUGAUGUUGAGGACUGUGCGGCCAGCAUCCAGCGAAACGCGAUUCUUUGUGUGGACGCGUUAAGCGAUUCAGUGACUAAAAUUCAGCACGAGCUCAGCAGUAUGCGUAAGGCGUUAGCGAAAGCACUGGUGGAAACUGAGAGAGCUCAGAGCAAGAGAGACAUUGUUAUGGCCGUUCUCCGUAAGCGUACUGCCCAUCCGGAGUGGUUCUGCCGGGAAGAAUACCGUGAGCCAGAGCCGUUGACCAAGAAACGAAAGGUCAACGAAGGUAAAGCUGGAGCCAUAACCAGCGAGGAUGGCUCAACAAUGUAUCCUGAACGUUUUGACAAAACUGAUAACCAAUUCGAAGACUUGGUGAUGAAGCAUGAAAAAGGCUUUCGAGAUAUGAUGAUUAAGAGCCUGUGCCAGGUUCCAGUUCAGAAUGGGUUCAGGGAGUUGGCUUCCAUGGCGGCUGACCUGAAAUCAGAAUUCGACACUUGUGUGCGCGAAAACCUGCUAGCCGAUGACGAAGUUCCAAAACGUACCUGCAUCCAGGCAAUGGUGGAUUGCUACGUAAACGGGUUUAAAGCCGAGGACGUGAAGAAGUUCCAGGAGGCAAACGAUGAAGAAGAGCAGAUUGUUACGGAGGCGUGUCCCGAAUGUCAACCGGUGCCGAAGGAGGUGUUCAAGGAUUUCCAACUCCCAAGAGUUUCCAACCGCUUUCUCCACUGCUUCGAUCACCAGUUGGAGGGUGUACUGAAGUGGUACGCCACGUCCCCCCGGAAGCGACCCAAUUCAGCCGGAGAACCAGGCGACCUUGGUUGUGCGAUGUGCACAUGGAGGGACGGCGUGGAGACGGUGUAUGCCGGCAAUGCAGCGGACAGUCUUGAAGCGCAAGGCGCCAGGGACAUCUGGACGUCGGCAACACCCACCAGGAACUGGUUGCGACAGUACACCGAACCGGAUGGAUGCGGGCUUCCAUUUUACCAGCAGGACACGAUGAAGUACAUCGUUUCCUUGAUGACCCCCAUUGACUUAUAUCAUCUGAAGCGGGUUUCAUCGGCGUUCAACUUCUACGCAGAAGAAGAAAUAGCUGCCCGAGCUUCCAAACCCGAGGUCAUCUUCAAAGCUUCGGAUGUGGAUAACUACACCAAUGAAGGCAUCCAUCCUCCGUGUGACAGGUUGUACUGUGAAGUUCGAAAUUUUAGCAAGAAGCUGUUUUGCGUAGUGUCCAACCGCACGAAAUGCAUCACCUUUGACAUGAGGGAAAGCAACGGGGCCUACAUCAAUCAUAUGCACGACCAUUUCUGCACGGUACUGCUGGUUCUGCAGGACGUUGCACCGGAGCUGCGCCAUAUCACCGUUAGGGGAGGUUUCAUGAGUGUUAGGGCGAUUCUGGAGACCGUGGAAUGGAUAAACACGCUGGAGUUGGAGGACGUCUAUGUCUACGGAUUCCGCCAUCUUAUUCCUGGAUAUGUGCACUCGGACAUGUCGUACCUUGAGUGCGGGUGGAUGAGAACGGAGAAAUCAUAUCUUAAGCUUAAUGCUUUGUUCGCUCGUGGAGCAAACCAGCCUCACCAUGUCAUCCAUGUCGCCGAGGAAUUGCUGGACACUUUCCAUCUGACCUCCAAGGAUCCACUCCCCCAUCUGAGGACUACGCCUCAUCUACGUACGGUUUGGCGGACAAUCUGCGAGUACUGGUUAACACGCCUGGACUGCCGCGGGAUCGAUGCAGUGGAGAGCAUCAUGCGCAAAGUGACAUCCAACGACGCGUUCUCAAUCUACAGUGCAGUGCGUAUUUGUGGAGACGAUAUGAACAUUGGCUACCUCAACGAAUUUCGGUACUAUAUGUUACGUUUACUACUAGCUGCACGCGGUAUGGCUUUUCCACGUAUGAUUAACUGUUUCUGUAAAUUGUGUCACCAGGCACAUCAAAGGUUGUUGAUAGACGCAAAAUCUUGUUUUGGCAAAGGAACUAGUUUACGUAUGCUUGAUUAUGCUUUGUAACCUUUGGUCACAAACUUUGACUUCUGUUAGCUUUCUUCUUUUUUUUUUCGCGGGUGGUGGGUAGCCCUUGUUUACGAUUUGCUGUUAGUCGAUAAGGCGUGUUAGAA